UAGUCUUUUCGCAGUCGAAGAUGAUACGUUCGCGCAGUUCAGCAGCAGCAACCGUAAUAGUGCCGGUCAUUUUGUCGGUUUUCCUAUGGGGGUCCUUGGUCACAUCCGGUCGCGUUAUGGAACGUUUCAAAACGCGCCAAGAUGAGCGAAUGAUCAGACGCCAUCGGGCUCGGGUACUUCGCGAAAUGAACGGUACCACCGGUGACGAAUUACCACCCACAGUGAACCUGCUUCGAAUUUCCCGGGAUGACGGAGUGGUCGGAAGUAACUCAAGUCAGGUGGCGACAGCUGCCAAAACCAGCCGAAACAACGAGGAUUAUCCAGAUAUGGUUAUCGACGAGAGUGACAUUGCGGAGGCAGCUCUUGGGCAGAGGUUUAGAUACUUUGCCAAUCGACGAUCGACUCUGUUCGAGCAGAAUGUGAUCUUUCGGUUCUAUCACAACGGUAACAAAACCAAAACUACAGCCCUCUCAGCGGGAUCCCUUUUAUCCGGAACGGACUGCUCCACAACGGAAAAAUUCGCCAUAAUCGCCCACGGCUGGCAUGAGAACUGUUACGAAACAUUCUGGGUGAAAGAUCUGCAGGACAAUCUGAACGUUUAUCGGGGCGGUUGCAUCAUCUGCAUGGACUAUUCCACUUUCGCCAGCAACGGAUACACGUACCUGUUUCGGCGAUUUAACGACCUGAGUGCGGUUUUGCUGAAAUUUAUUCGCACCCUUCAGUACGAGGGAGUUUCGCUUGACAAUCUAUAUAUGUUUGGGUUCAGUUUUGGGGCUCAACUGGCAUUGGACGCGGGGAAUCAAGUUGGUUUCAAUUUGAUCGAGGCAAUCGACACCUGUGACAUGGCCGGUCCCGGAUUCGAUGCCGAUCGUUUCUUCAAGGGGGUUAACUUCCGAGGGGCGGCCAAGAAUGUGCAGUGUAUCCACACGAGUACCGAUAAGGGAACUAAGAUGACGAACAAAUGCCAUCAGAACUGGCGCAUGGGGCAGUGUGGAUUUUUCCAACUGGGAGCGGGAAAACCUCCUCUAGGCUCACAUGGUCUGUGUCCCGUCUACUACAAUCUGGCGUUUAAGGAGAAUUUUUAUGCCCAAGAAAAGCCGGGAGAGUGCGGAGUGCUGAGGGAUCCCACUGCAGAUUAUCCUACGAAUUUUAAGAUGGGCUACAUGGAGAGGCGCAAAAGCCAAGUACGAGGAGAACUGUUUGCACAAACUUCGAAUCACUACCCAUUUGCACUGGGUAAUGAACUAUUUUAAUGACAAUGCUAAUCGGAAAAAUGUGUGUGAUAAGUCUAAUCCAGUGAAAACAAAAAUCAAGCAUUUGUUUGUUUAAAAUUUAUAAGUUAGAAUAGUUUUUAGAUUGAGUAAGAUUUUGUUAUUUAACCAAUGCAUGUUGAACAAGCAUUUUGAAUAAAUAUUGACCGAAUAAUUUAAAUCU